GUAAGGCAGCUUACGUGUUCCCAGUCGCUUUUAGAUCAGUUCAAACAUUGGGGAUUAGACGUGCCAGUAAUCCAUGGCAAACAAAGCAGCGUGUCUGAGCCGCGCGGUGACCUCCGCAUGAGAAGCGGGACGCGGCGCUGCACUGCUGUGGACCAUGUAACGCGGCAGCGGACCUGCGAUGGAGGGCACCGCCACCAUGGCCGGACAGGAGAAGCCGCAGAAGCGGGUGAGGUUCCGCGUGGCCUCCGGGAACAGCGGGCGGGUGCUGAAGGAGAUGUUCAAGGACGAGGGGCCCUCGGACUCCCUGGACUCAGACUGCACCAGCAGCUCGGACGCGGAGCGGGCCAGCACCCCCUCCACCAGCGGGGAGCCCCAGGGACCCCUCUACGGCCGCCUGGGCCCCGAGCCGGACGACAGCGGGAGCGAGCCCGACGACCUGCUCAUGUUCGCCGGCGCCACCAAGGACUGGCUGUUCACCACCAAGAGGGUCAACAUCCUCAGCAAGAACGGCACCGUGAGGGGCGUCAAGCACAAAGUCAGCGCCGGCCAGACGCUCUUCGAAAACCUCCCCGCUUCAAACGUUAUGGGGUUUUCCCUUGAGUUCGGGACCAUAGUGAUCUACACCACCAGCUUCCGUGUCGUCAGGACGACCUUCGAACGCUGCGAGCUGGUCAGGAAGAUUUUCCAGAACCACCGGGUGAAGUUCGUGGAGAAGAACAUCGCGCUGGACUGCGAGUACGGGAAGGAGCUGGAGGAGCGGUGCAAACGCGUCGGAGAACCUCCGUCGCUACCAGUGGUGUUCGUGGACGGACACUACCUUGGGGGCGCUGAGAAAAUACUCGGCAUGAACGAAUCAGGGGAGCUUCAAGAUCUUCUGACAAGAAUUGAGAGGGUGCAGCAUCCCCAAACGUGCCAGACCUGUGGGGGCUUCGCCUUCAUCCCGUGCCCAAUGUGCCAUGGCAGCAAGAUGUCUGUGUUUCGCAACUGCUUCACGGAUUCCUUCAAAGCCCUCAAGUGCACUUCCUGCAACGAGAACGGCCUGCAGCCCUGCGUGAGCUGCAGCCAGUGAAGAUGUCUAGUGCCUGACCCCCACAUCCUUGCUUCCUUCUCUGGGACCCGACACAGGACCCCCACCUGGCAGUUCAUAGGAAACGCAGCAGGACUCUUCUUCCAUGGCCAUUGCUCAAAGUGGAGUUUAUAAUAAAAUCCAUCAAUUUCUGCAUAUUACACUGCUGCUAUGUCGAAUCUGUGAUGAGGCUCUGGGUUGGUCCCAGUUCUCUUCUGGUAAGCGUGAGCUUGUUAGUUAAUUAGUGAAGAUGCUCCUUAAUUAACGACAGCCUCAUUACUAAUCCCAUAUCAGACAGAGUUAAGAGCGUUGGACUCCGAGGGCAAAGAAAUAGAGUCAAGGAGUCUGCAACAAC